ACACCAACUGCUAGCUAGACGCCAUGGCAACAAGUGUUAUCAACUGCUUCACAAGCUUCCUGGCUGGUUUUGUCGUAUUCUCCGUGCUUGGUUACAUGGCGUACGUUGCGGAAAUAGAAAUCGAUGAUAUAGCUGUAGCCGGUCCAGGUCUGGUGUUUGUGGUUUACCCGGAAGCAGUUUCUAUGAUGAGCGGUUCAACUUUCUGGGCAAUCAUUUUCUUUUUGAUGCUCAUAACACUUGGUUUAGACAGUACGUUCGGAGGAUUGGAAAGUUUGAUGACAGGGUUCACAGAUGAAGUCUCGUUGAUACGGCGUCAUCGGGAAGUGUUCGUGGCUAUCCUUUUAUCAGCGUUGUUCUUGCUCGCUCUACCGACUACAACUUAUGGUGGACAAUACGUGGUGACACUACUGGACAGCCAUGCAGGCUCUUUCUCGCUGCUUUUCAUUUGUUUUGCCGAACUGAUAGCGGUCCAGUGGUGCUACGGUGUGAAGCGGUUCUCGAACGAUGUUGAAAAGAUGAUUGGUCGUCAACCAUCCCUCUACUGGAAAUUCUGUUGGGCAGCGGUUUGUCCCUGCAUUAUACUGGGGAUGUUCUGCCUGUCAAUCUACAGCUACACGGGUAUAACUCUGGGCGAUUAUCAAUUCCCCAAAUGGGCCGAAAAAGUUGGUUGGACUGUGUCGUGUUCCUCGAUGAUCGGGAUCCCUGUCUACAUCAUUUAUAAAAUCAUAUCAACAGCAGUGACACGCGAAAUGACUUUUUGGGAGUUGAUAGGACGUGGACAAGACUUUUCAUUAACAGAAGAUGAAAAUGCGAGAAACAAAUCCACCUCACCGAAGGUCGAACUUAAAUCGAUAUAUAACGGUCAACAAUGGCCUCAUCACAGCCGUACUUACCCAGAAUUGCCGUCUUAAGCGGCCCUCUUCACUACACUGCAACCAUGGAAUUUCACAUUUAAUAAUACUAAUCCACAAACACACAUACAUGCGCCUCUGUAUAUGGGUGUAUGUGGGACUCAUAAAUAUUUAUCUACAUUAUAUAUUAUAU